ACGGAAAUGAGCGGCUGAUUCAAAUAAAGAUGAAAUAAACAUUUGAAGUAGCGGUAAUACUGAUGUUUAAAUAUUGAUUACAGUCAUAUAGCCUUAUAUGGGAGUGUUCCAACUUCUAGAUAGAGAAAGAGAUGGAUGAUUCAGCCAUAGAAAGUCGCAUACAGUUGUUGGAUCAGCUGGUACAGAAUACAGUCGACUGUGAUGAUGAAUCUAUUGAGACAGCACUUGUGUCAAGGGAUGGACUCAUUGAUGCCUUACUUGUCUUGUUUGAAGAGUGUGGGCGGUACAAACACAACAAACAUGUUGUAGCUUUUCUGAAGAAAUAUGAGAGUACAGUGAAAGAGAUACGAAGAUUGAGAAUUCAGCUGACAGAUUUUGAGGUGAAGGAUGUGAUAGGACGAGGACAUUUUGGGGAGGUACAGGUUGUACGAGACAGACGUACAGAGACUGUGUAUGCCAUGAAAACAUUGAGGAAACAGGAAACUCUGGCACAGGCUGAGAUCUCAUUUUAUGAAGAAGAAAGGGAGAUAAUGGCACAUGCCACAAGUCCUUGGAUCACCAAGCUUCACUACGCCUUCCAGGACACUCAUACCCUCUACCUGGUCAUGGAAUUCCAUGCUGGUGGUGACCUGCUCUCUCUGCUUGGCAGACAUGAUGAUGUGUUUGAAGAGAAGAUGGCGAGGUUUUACCUUGCAGAAAUUGUUUUAGCUACACAUGAUCUUCAUCUAAUGGGAUAUGUACACAGAGAUUUGAAACCAGAGAAUGUCCUCCUAGAUUCAACAGGGCACGUGAAACUUGUGGAUUUUGGUUCAGCUGCAAAACUCUCCAUUGAUGGAUUUGUAUCCUCCAAGAUGCCAGUCGGUACACCAGAUUAUGUAUCACCGGAACUCCUCAAUUCUAUGAACAACGAUGUUAUGAACAGUUAUGGUGUCGAGGUGGACUGGUGGUCACUUGGUGUCUGUAUGUAUGAGAUGCUCUUUGGGAAGACCCCGUUCACUGAUGAGUCUGGAUCUAUGGUUGCAACUUAUUCUAAUAUCAUGAACUAUGAGGCAUUUUUGAAAUACCCACAGUCGACGUACAUAUCAUCCUCAGCUAAAAGCUUGAUGGACAAGCUUCUUACAGACACAGAUCAUAGACUGGAAUAUCAUCAAAUCAGAAAACAUGCUUUCUUUGAUAAGAUAGACUGGGAUCACAUCAGAAAAGAGACUGCACCAUUUGUCCCCCACCUGGAGAGUCUCGAUGAUACAUCCAACUUUGAGGAGUUUGAGAAGAUAAAGCACCCGCCAGUCUUAGAUGACCACACACAUGACAGGGAGUUCUCUGGCAAAGAUUUGCCCUUUGUUGGCUUUACUUACGCAGGGAGAAAAUCAACUGACAUCAAAAAGUCAAAGAACAGUAUUGAUAUUGAAUCAUCAGUAACAACAUGUAAGCGUCGUUCUGGUUCAGGCGUAGACCUGACGCUGACUGUGAAGAUUGCCGAGAUGAAGCGGCUUCGGGAGAAGUGUAAUACGUUGGAGGCGUCAGAAUGUACGUUAAAGUCGACCGUGGAGCAGCUCAAGCUGACGCUGGAAGACAAGGAGGAAUUGAUAGAGAAACUGGAGCAUGAGAGUCAGACGUACCAGCGAGAUCUAGAAAACUAUAUAGCUAAGACAAACCGUUUAAGCAAGCAGGUUGAAGUACUUGUAGACGAAAGAGUUGCCACGGAGAUGCAGACAGAGCAGAUGAUGGGUAAGAUAAAUGAAAUGAGCUCAGAAGCAAAACAAAUUGAAGAUGGACUUCAUCAACUGCAGCUUGAAGAAUUACAGGAUGUGAUAGCCCAGCUGGAAGAAGAGAAGGCAGCAUUAGUUAGGAAACUGUCGGGACGAGACAAACAGAUAACAUCUUACAGGGAACAGCUGGAGACCAGUCAACAACAUGCAUCCAAGCUACAGUUUAGACUGGACAAGGAGAGACGUAAGUCACGGGAUGACCAGAAGCGAGAUCUGGCACUGUUAGAGACGAGGGAAGAUACAUGGAAGAUCCAGGUUGAAGAUAAAAAUUCAGAAAUAACAGACCUCAACAAGAGAAUUGUGGAACUAGAAGAAUUACUGGAGGCUUACGAGACACAGGAGAGAGAAUAUAUGGAGAGAGAACAAGAAUUGAGAGAAAAACUGAAGCACAGAGAUAGUGAUAGAAAAGAUGUGGAUAUUCGUGUUAUGGUACAUACAUCACCAUCACCAAAGAAAGACAGGAGAUUCUCAGAGAAAAUAAGGGAACUAGAAGAUAAGAUUGAACAACAAGAAAGAGAGAAGACAAACUUAGAGAGGAAAGAAGAGGAUUUAAAAGAAACUGUAGAGAAACUGAGGAAUGAAUUGGAAGCUAAGGCAGAGAAAGCCAAGUUAACAUCUGAGAUGAAAGAAUCCAUUGCAAACCAAGUGCACAUGUACCAGGAAGAAGUUACACAGCAAAAGGAAGUUAUAAAGGAGUUGAAAGAGAAUGUGAGGCUGUGUCUGUCACAGAAUGAGGAGGAUAAAUCGAGUAGAAAUCACAGGCUGGAACAACAAGUCAAGGAAUUGGAAGAGCAGAUAGACAUUUAUCGUGAUGACAAGAAACGUCUGAUGUCAGAGGUCACUAAGUACAAACAGGAGAGCAAUGAUAAACAGUUCAAGGUCACUGAGCUGGAAAGGACUAACUCGAGACUGUCGUGUAAAAUAGAAAGAUUGGAACGACAGCUAGAGAGUGCCAGAGAGAAGGAAAUAGACCUCCGGUUAAAGAGAAAUGAGCUGUCAGAUAUCAGGAUUAAGCUAGCGGAGGAAAGGGUGGCAGAUAUUGAAAAGGAGAAAAUAACGCUUGAAGAAAAACUGAAAUUACUUACGGUUGAGCUGAAUGACCUUAGAGAAAAACAGACAGACUUGGAUGUGAAAGCUCAGUCUACAAACAGUAAAAUAAUGACAGAAAAUCUAGAUUUGAAAUUCAAAUUGGAUGAUGUAAAUAGGUGUGUAGAAAAGUUGGAGAAACAAAUAACAAAAUGUGAGAGAAACAUUGCUGAUUUAGAAGAGGAUAUUGCUAACAAAAACAAAGAACUAGCAACUUUUAAAACAGUUAAACUUGAAAAAUCUGAGCUAGAGAGGAAAGUUUCAGAUUUUGAAUUUGAAUUGAAGCAAAAGGACAGUAAAUUAAAGAAAAGUGCAGAAAAAGAUCUGCAGAUAUCAAAGUUGGAGAGGGAGAAAGAAAAUUUGAAUACAAAAUUGAAAAGUUUGGAAAAAGAAUUGGUGGAGGUAAAGAGUAAAGAGGCAUCUGGUAGAAGAGGGUCGAAAUUAGAAAACACAGAAGAUCUAAGACAAGAGAAGAAUUAUUUAGAGACGCGUGUUUCUACACUACAAAGACAGCUUGACACAGCUGAUAAGAAAGUCACAGAACUAGAGCAGAAACUUGGUGAUGCUUCACUAGCUAAAGACAAAAUACAAGGUUUGGAGUCUGAUGUUAAAAGGUUACGGCAAGAGAAGAUAGCAGUACAAGAGGAGCUACGUAAUGAGAAAUUAGAAAGUGAGAGGAAACUGAAAGCUCAGACAAACCAGAGGAGAGAUAUACAGGAGGCAGAGAACAAGUUAGAGAAGGAACGUGAUAAACAUGACUCAUUACUGGGAGAAUUAAGAAAAGAGUUAACAGAAUCCAAUCUAGCAUUGAGUGAGGCCCGGUCAUUGCUGUCUGCCACACAGAGACAGGAAAAACAGACACGAGAAUUCCUUGAGGGUGAAAUAAGAGAACUUAAACAAAGGAUAUAUAGUCUUGAGAAAGAGAAAGGGCUGCAUGAAGAUAAAUUGGAAGAUGAGAGGAAACUAUCACUUAAGGAACAGGAAGAUUUUCAGAGCUUGAAAUCACAGAAUGAAAGUCUUCUCAAAAAGUGCAAGGAUUUGGAGGAGAAGGCAUCAAGCAGUCAGAGAGAAGUAACAGCCAAUCUGAUGGCAAAGAAAUUGUUGAAGGACAGUUUGACGCAGAAAGAACAUGACUUACAGGUCGAAUCACAGAAAGUUGAGAAGUUACGUGGAAUUUGCAGUGAACUUGAAGCUCAGAUUAAGGACCUGGAGGCAAUACAGUCAGAGAACGAUAGUCGAGAAGCAGAAUGGAAUAAAAUGAGACUUACAUAUGAGAAAGCUUUGGAAGAGAGGGAAAAUGACCUUGAUGGGGCCAACCAGAGGUUAAAUGUGCUCAAACAAUUUAGACAAAACUCUCAGGAGGCCGCCCAGACAGUAAAGCAACAGUUACAGACAGCCAAGGACAAACACAAGUCUGACCUUGAUGUCCUUAACAGACAGUUAUCUCAGAUACGCAAAGAUACACAGAGAAAUAAUACCAGGAUGUCAGAUUUAGAGUCUCAGAAUUCCAAGUUACAGAUGAUUGUAGAACAACAGAAAACUGUCAUGGAGAAUGAUGCUACGGAAAAGAGAAGGCUGAAGGAAGAAAUUAGCAAAGUGCUUACGGAAAAUCAGGAGACAAAGACAAAGAGCAUUAAACUUCGUCAGAAUCUCGAAGAGGCAGUUGAUAAACUGGAGAUUAUAUUUGGAGAAAAGAUAGAUCUAGAAAACUUCACAGAGACUUUACAGGGUCUACAUUUCUUGGAGAAGUACAGGUUUGAGAGUACAAUAGACCAGCAGAUGAAACUGAUUGACUACCUACAGGAUCUCUGGCAGGAUAGUGUUCACAAGAAGAAGAAGGGAGGAAAGUUUUUUGGGAAGGGUAAAGAAGGAAUGGCCAACCUGCCAAUCAUGGGAGAUAUGCAGGGGGCACUAGAUCAGGAGUGUAAGAAGAACAAACAACUACAGGAACAACUAGAUAGACUGAGGGGUGAAAACUUUGCUCAAGCAAAUGAAUUGCUCAAGGUGAAGGGAGCUCUCAGAGAGAAGAUGGUAUCAGAGCCAGCAAGUAUGACUCCAACCAUCAAGGCCGCGGUGCAGGUGCUCAUACAGUCCCCUUCCAGUCAGAGCAACCCAGCCAACUCCCUGCUCACCCCUUGUGUGAAGAAGAAAACCACCCACUUGCUGGCCCCACCUGCCCCCACCCCUAAGAGGAUGCACCACAAGAUACCACACAGAUUUGUGAAUGGUCUGAAUACCAGGGCAACAAAAUGCAGUGUGUGUCUCGGUAGUGUACCCUUCGUAAAACAGGCUGCCAAAUGUCAAGAAUGUUCCAUGGUCUGUCACCCAAAGUGUGUUGCCUCGGUACAGGAAACGUGUGGUCUUCCUACAGAGUAUAUACGUCAUUUUACAUCUAUCAUGGACAAGGGAUCACCUAUGCCGAAAGAUGGCAUACUUUCACCUGCUAUUGACGAUGAGGAAGAUGAUGCUGAUAUAUUUAGAAUGAAAGGAUGGCUUAAAGUUCCUAAGAAGAACAGUAAACAGCCAGGCUGGGAGCGUCGUUGGUGCAAGAUGGAGGGGAAUAUAUUGUUAAUGUUUAACACAGACUACGAUGCCAACCCAGUAGAUACGUUUGAUAUCAAUCCACCAGAGACCGAUGUUACCAUACAUAGUGCUAUCAGUGCUGCAGAACUACCAAGCACGGCUUCUACAGACUUGCCGUACGCUUUCAGGCUUGAACAUGAACCGCUGACCACUUGCUGGCCAGGAAGGGUGUUGUAUCUGAUGGCGUCACGGUUCACAGAAAAACAAAGAUGGGUGGCAUGUCUAGAGGGAGCCAUAAGGAAUCUGCAGAAAGAUGAUAGUGUCCAUAGAAGAAAAAUACAGGUAACCAGUCUGUUAGAGUUAGCAGGAGAUAAAAGAUUGGAGCUGAACUGUUCUCUGUUACUGAGUAAACAGCUAACACUUCUUGGAGCAGAUGAAGGACUUUAUGCGGUCAAUGUGUACCGAAAUCCACCCGUCCUCACAAAACUGAACCAGUUUGACAGUGUAUACCAGUUAAAGUUUAUUCCACAACUCAGCCUCAUCAUUGCAAUAACAGGGAAAGAUCGUAAAGUGUUAACAAUAGACAAAAAGUUGAUACAGCUGAGGUUAGGACAGUCGACAGGUGAGGCAACGCAGCCAGUACCUCACAAUGUGGUAGAGGACGUGGUUGGAUGUACCGUGUUAGAUUGUGGUAUCUAUAGUGAUGCUGUGUACAUGUGUGUCGGCAUGACAGAGAAAGUCCUUGUGAUGAAGUACAAUAUUGAUCUCAGAAUGUUCUGUGUUAGAAAGGAAAUAACUAUAGAUGAACCAUGUAGUUGUGUUUGUAUGGCUGACAGUUUUGCCAUUGUUGGUACAGACAGAUUCUACAAGGUGAAUUUAGAUCAUCCCAGUCUUACAGAGUUUGUAGACAAAAAAGAUAACAGCCUUGCUUUUGCGGCAUUUGGGGCAGCGACACAUCACAGUUACCCCCUAGCUGUAGUUCAAGUCUCUCCAGAGGGUCUACCCUUAGAGUAUCUUCUUUGUUUCCAUGAGUUUGGCGUGUAUGUUGACUGUAAAGGACGACGAAGCCGACCAGCGGACAUGAAAUGGAGUUGUCUCCCUCUUUCUUUAGCAUACAGAGAGCCAUUCCUGUAUGUGACCUACUUCCACAGUAUCCAGGCUAUUACAGUCCCUGCUAGUAAAGAGGAUAUCAGAGGAAAGCAGACGUCAGUUGACCUUACAUGUCCAAGGUACCUUGGCUCUUCCCUUGAGCCAGGCUCGGUGUAUGUUGCAUCAAGUAGUGGUAUGACAACAGAGUUGCUCAGCUUGAAGGGAAAAGAUGGAACCUUUAUAGAACCAGUGGGCAAGGAAAAUAAAUCUGGGGUCCGAUCAAGUACAAGAAAACCGUCGAGCCAGAAGAGACCAAGUCCGUCCAAAGCCAGUACCUAUUCUUCAGCCAAGUACAAGUCUCCGAGAAUGUGUCGCCGUUUAUCACUGACAUCUAUAGACAGUAACAGCAGUGUGUCGUCUACAUCUACCGUGUCUAGUUACGGAAGUACACAAACAGAUGUCUGAACAGCAAAACUUUAAAAAAAAGAUGUUCUUGACUUUGCUAGCCUAAUAAAAAAUAAACCAUUGAUGUGGCCUAAUUGUACUACUCUUAUCAAUAAAAAAGCACUUGCUUCAAGAUCCAAUUAAUAUAACAAGUGUCUGAUAUGGAGAUAGUUGCAUUGACAUUUCACUAUUUUAUGGUUAGGGAUGAUAGAAUGCUUUAUCAUCUAAGGAAAUAGCAUAUCAGUUCCUGUAUCAACACUCAUUUCAGACGUUGUGAAGUGUUUGUAGUAUUGGUCAUGUUUUGUUAUUCCUAAACAGACCUGUCAGUUAUAUAUAAAGUGGUGUGACAAGGAUGCCACGUGGGGGGGGGGGGGGGAGCAUCAAGCGUUUAUUGAACGCAGCUCCUUGUUACUUCAGUCUUUGAUGACAGUUUAUAUUAUACAGACCUAUAUGGACUUUGUAGUGGGUUUGGGGAUGCAAAUUAGUUUUGUCUCUUGUCAAUGAAUGUUGUCAAUGGUAGAGAAAGCUUACAAUGGCUAAAUACAUGGAAUAGUUAAAAACAAAACACCAUUACUUCAUUAGUUUGAUAAGAAAAAUUCGGUUCAUGGUGGUUUGUGCACUUUUCAGCAAUAUUUUAAGAGUUUUGGUAUAUUUUGUUAAGAGAUUUAUUUAAGAAACAAAAAGACCCAUUACAAAGAGUUAGACCCCUAUAAAAAUGAAUAAUAUUGAUGCUUUAAAUGGAAAUUCGUAUUUAUGCCACCACUUGGAUAUGAAAGUAUUUAAAAAGCAGACUGUUCCUUUUUAUUUCAACAUAAUUUCUGGUUUUAGAUUUGCUUUUGAUAGAUUUUGGGUUAUUCCAACAAUCUAAACCAAAUUGCAAGUUUUAAAACAUUAUCAUUCAUGUAGCUUUCCGAUUCAUUUAUUUCCAAUUUGUUUUGGUUAAUCAGCAAAGGGAGGUAAUAAUAAGAUUCUAAUGAGUUUCAGUGAAAUUUAUUUGUAAAUGCAAAAUUUUAAUAAAAUAUAAUAUGAUACUUUUUAUAUUGUAUAAAUUCUUUAGCAGUGUAUGUUUUAAAUUUUAUGCUUCAGCUAAAAUAGCAUCUUGGUUGGGAAACCGAGAUAGGAAAACAAAGUUUAAAAUAACAUCCAGUAAAAAUCACUUGUAUUUAUAGUAGUCGCAAUUUGACCGCGAUGGUUGACCUUAGACUGAUUAUUCAUAUCGAUUAUUUCAUUGUAAAAAUAAGGGGUGCGUACUGUAGCCGUGCAUAUUUAUAUGGAAUUAGUUUGUACACAGUUCAGUAUCCAAAUAUAUAGCUCUAUACUUACAUUUGAUCAGUUAAAACUUUCCAAUACACUUAUUUAUAUUCACACAAAUUUAUGUUUCCAUUUUCUCGUGCAGCUCGUGUUUUACUUACACUCCUUUUCAAUAAUAGAUUGUGCCUUAUUAUGUAUUAUAAUACAAAGGUCAACCAUCGGGGUCAAGUUGCGUCCACUAUAACAAUCAGUGAACACAACUAAAGUGUAAAUGAUCAGUUGUUACCGUGAGUUUCAGACAAAUACAUUUCUUGACCAAAUUCUUACUAACCACAACAUGUAAUACUAUAAUAACAGGAAAAGGUUUCUUCUUAUUCAGCUGUUUGUCCCCAGGUCAUGUCUUAAAGACUUGUACAUCAUCCUCAUUAUUUAUUUUCUUUAUUUUGUAUAUAUGAUCAGUUCUUUUCCAUUCAUAAUGUCAUUCUGUAUUUCUUUCUAUCCUUUCCAUGCCAUGUAUUUUAUUUUGUAAAAUGAAAAUUGUUUUCACAACAUCAAAUUUUGUAUUACCUCAUUAACUUAUGUAUGGUAAAAUGUUGUCUAGCUUUUAUAAUCAUUAAAGACAAAAAAGGUCUUA